AUGAACCAGUCCUACGAUGAGCAGCCAGUCUCGCAAUCUAAAGCAACAUUGCGGGCAGCAUUGCUCACAUACCCUGGAAAUCUUCAGGAGGCACUGCGUAGAGUGCGCGACAACCCCCAGAAUACCCUAUUCGGGGUCACGCAGACUAUUCCUAGCCCAGCCGUAACAAAAGCAUUGGCUUCAGCUCGACCGGACUUCAUCUGGAUAGACACAGAACAUUCUACGUUUGAUCGAUUGUCAUUGAACGAUGCUAUUCAUGCCGCUCAGCAUCACUCAGAAGGACAUACAUUGGCAAUAGUGAGAGCCCUUGAUGCCGGUGCUUCAGGGAUAAUCAUUCCUCAUUGUGAAAGCGCGGAAGAAGUCAAGCAGAUAAUCGCAAAAGUAUACUAUCCUCCUAUUGGACACCGCUCUUAUAACCCCUGGACUUUCACUCCCGGUGUAUCGGAUGCGUCGCUUUACGAAGACGAUGCUUACAACAUCAAAACAUACAACCGCCACGUUGUAGUAAUACCUCAGAUUGAAACUGUCAAGGGCAUUGAGAACGUCGAGGAAAUCUCUUCUCUCGAAGGGGUUGGGUCUUUGAUGUUCGGAGCCGGAGAUUUCUCCAUAGAUGCUGGUAUACCGCUUCCUACGUCGGCCACCCCACAUCCUACGCUCGCUGAAGCCGCAGAAAAGUUCUCAGCUGCCGGCAAGAAGUAUGGAAAGCCACUGUUUGGGUGA